CCGCAUUCAGAGUUUAGAUUUAGAGUUAAAAUGGAUUUUUCGGUCAUUUGGCUUAAAGACAUUGAAGGGAAUGAGGAUAUUGACGAAAUUAAUAGGAAUAUCAAAGGACGCUUCGGGAAAGAAGAUUCUUCAAAAGAAUGGACAAUUCUUGCAAUGGGAGAGGCGUUAGAACAUCUGAAAAUAGCACUAAACGACGAAGAACUGGAAAAAMAAACUGAGAGACAUUCCUUCUUGCAUUCUAUCGAAUUUCUGGUUAACAUAUUUAGAAGACAUUGCAGUAAAMCACCUCCAUUCUGUAGGUCGAUUUACGGCCUUACGGACCAACUGUUAUCAUUACAGCUUGUCAUGGCUCAAAGAAAUAAACAGCAAUCUGGUCACUUUGAAGCUGAUUUACAAGAYGUUGUUACAACGCACCAGGAAAUAAUGAAAAGCAAGCUGAACAAAACACAGWACUGCAGUGAUAUACAAGAUAUUSUUGAAAAAUACAGCAWGUUCUUAGAUCACUGCAAYGCAUUGGACUAUGCUGAUUUGAUAUUCACCGUACAAGAAUGCUUUGAGUCUGAUAAAAGUGUCAAAGAGCUCUAUGAAAGGCAGCACUAUAUUAUAUAUGGAAAACCAGUAUCAGUUUAUGAGAUUGAAAUUUUAUCUCUACUUAUUGGACAAAGACAUAUUAAACAUUUUUCAUCAGAAAAAGGUGAUCUCAGCAUAACAUUUGAAGAAAUGCUUGACCAGAGUAAACGUCCAUCAAACCUUGCACCAUGUACACCAAUGAACUCCAAGAMUAAAACACACAGUCCMAUUACACCACAGAACAURACWAUGUCCCCACAACAAAGUCAGUCACCAAUGYUGAGUCAAUCACCAUUAUCACAAGGUCGUGUUAUGAUGGGUCAGGCAUUAUCAGUGUUUAUGUCCUACCUUCAAUUACUGGUCAACUCAAGGGACGAACUAGCCCUGGCAAGAGUGAUAAACACACCAUGUAGGGACUUAGGAAUGAGACAGUUCAAUAAAAUCAAGCAAGUUGCAAAGGACAAGAACAUGACUAUGUUUCAGAUGGUAAUGUCCUUCAUCCUUCAAAUCCGUCUUGGAGGAAAGAGUUAUGCACCAUCUAGUGAUAACCCUUUGCAUUUCAUGACAAAGGGCCUUGGGGAAUUUGUAUCAUUUUUCCAAAAACUACAAAACAUCAUCGAAGAAAUUGAAAACCCCAAAGCUGCAGUUCUUAAAAUCAUUGGAAGCUUACAAUCAACACUAUUAAAAUCAACCAAUGAAGCAUUAUCAUCAGAAGACAUACGAAAAGCAAGCAGCUUCUUAAAGAAACACAUUGACAACAUCACAAAAGAUAUGAGUGAUACACCAGUCAUGGAAAACAAGUCCUGCAUGUUAGGUCUGAAGUCGUAUGUUUUGCUAUGUAAGAUACUUGAUAAGAGCAUCCUCUAUGAUUACCAAGAAAAAGAACUGUAUGGUGUACUUAAGACACCAAGAAGAGUUGAAGGAAAGAUAUCAUCACUGCUCACUAAAUUCAGAACACCAGAAGCUCCAACACCACAGAAGGUAGUUGCAGUGGAAACACAAGAUAAAGAAAGUUCAAAGGGUCAACGAAAGUCCAGAAUGAAUUUCAUUGAAGAAAUGGCACCAAAGAGAACUUCAAUAUGGCAGGUGAUUGUAGAAGAUGAAAAYGAACAAAAUCACAGAAAACYKCUUGUUGUCAURAACACACYRACAUCAAGAAAAAGACCCUUUGAGGGACCCAAUCAUUGURGUGCAAUGAAGGACACAACWAGCUCCCCUCUAMGAAAACGUCCCUGUGAGUCAAUGRAGGACCAAGAGAAUAUAGUUCCUUCUUGCUCAAGAGGGAAAAAAGGAAMAUGUWCAGCAAAGAGGGGUUUGCUUAGUCAGCAGAAAGAGCCUGAAGGAACAAAGAAAAGAAAUGUUAAGAAUGUUGCCCAAAAGAAGAAAUUAAGUAAGCCUGUUAAAGUGUUGAAAGGCCAGCAGUCAUUGACAUGCUUUUUUAGAUAA